CUUGAGUUGGUGAGGGGUAUAAAGCUGCCUAAUCUCCUGUGGUCAAUUUUUUCCUAGCCUCAGACUAUCCCUCCAUCUACGCCAGCUUAGUGUCAAGGACAGAGAAAGAAACAAAGAGAAGACGCGAUGGUAUCCGAAUUCUGUCCGAGCUAUGGACCCUUCUUCGGAGUCCUGGGAUGUACGAGCGCCAUUGUAUUCACGAGCUUUGGGGCAGCCUACGGGACUGCAAAGGCCGGGGUGGGCGUUUGUUCAUCCGGUGUCUUGCGGCCGGACUUGAUCGUCAGAAACAUUGUGCCCAUUGUUAUGGCCGGCAUCCUAGGCAUCUACGGCCUAGUGGUUUCGGUGCUGAUUGCCAACAACCUCGCGCAGGAGAUGACUCUAUAUACGAGUCUGCUUCAGCUGGGCGCCGGUCUGGCGGUUGGGCUUUGCGGGCUGGCUGCUGGGUUCGCGAUUGGGAUUGUCGGCGAUGCAGGGGUGAGAGGAACCGCGCAGCAGUCAAGACUUUAUGUGGGAAUGAUCCUUAUUUUAAUCUUUGCUGAGGUCUUGGGAUUGUACGGCUUGAUCGUCGCGCUUCUAAUGAAUUCCAGGGCAAGCGUUAUUGACUUUAAAUGCAGUAGCUGAUUGAGCAAUUUUCAGUACAGCAUAUUGGGUCUGUGAGAGUUGUACCCCAGGAUGCUCAAACUGCAGCAGAUCAAAGUCCCAGGUAUUUCGGUCUACGGUAGUCGGCAUUGCUCUAGUCCAGCGCGGUCUCUGUGUAGAAGAGCUGCGGGUGGUUUCUGUAAAGGACAGUCAAGAGAGGAAGAAUUAAAUGGAUCUUGUACAAGCAGGAUGCAACCAUAAUAGCAGAUCCAGAAUUGGUCGUGCAUGAGUUUUUGUCCGGAUGUGGCCAUCACGUGCCCGUCGGCACCAUCUAAUGCAGCCAAUAAGGCUUGUGCCUAUACUAUGUUUUUCAUUCCUUCAGCGCCGCCAGGAUUGUCGGCAGUUAAUGGCUCCUUCAAGCGAUGAUCUAC